AUGACUGAUCUCCACGACGAUAAGAUGAAGGAGCUCCAGAAGUUCGAGGACGAUCAAUCUGCUGAGGCUCAAGCCUUUGCCCAGGGUAGCGACCUCCCCGGUGGGGUCAGCGGUAGUGGUGUUGGCGGAGGCGGCGGAAACAAGGUCUCCCAGGAAACCACCUUUCCUGCGUCCAGUCAAAGUGCCCAUGAGACUAUCGCUCGCACCUCGCAGGGUUCCACUCUAGGUCGUUGGCAACCCAAUGUGGCUAUCGAGAUUGAGGAGUAUGAUAUGGGUGACGGCACGGCCCCACUUCCUCCCAUCUACAGCUCCGAUGAAGACAUGACCUGA